CCAUCUCUAUUUUCUGUUGACGUUUGGCUUUUGUGUCUGUUUUACUAAUUGCGCCCAAUCUUCCUAUCAAAACCACAUCUUCUUUGACUGAUUUUAUUUUGUUGUCGGUAGCGUAUGACCUGGUACCGACUUGGUCAAGCGCAUUAAGAAAAAAAAAACGCGUAAAUCUGUCAGAAACGAAAGAUUUUCGCCCAACAUCUUCAAGGUUUCGUUUCCUUUGUCAUAGUGUCUUCCUGCGCUCAUCUGCAGAGGUUAUUUCCGUCGGUCGGUCUACUCUUCGUACUGCUGUUUUUCUCUCCACUCGGACAAAAUUCAUCUUGACCAAAGCUGAAUUUAAUCAUCGAGCGUUGUUGUGGUUUUAAUUCAUUCAGGCGUGCAUGUUAUGAUGCUAUGCUAACCAUCCGAAAUAGCUUAAGGCUGUUUGGAUCAGCAGCUGUCUAGAAUAUUCGAGAGGAUUCGCAUAGGCUUAAAUGUUCUGCAGAGCUACUUUAGUUUGUCAGUGUGUGUGUUAUCUAUCUCGCCUGGUAAAUUGAUGGUGUGUAUUGUGGUUAGGCCCAUAGGCCGAAUUGUAUAACUCCGUAGUGUUUUGCAUAUCUGGCAGGGGGAGCUUGAUGACUGGUUGACCAAUUACAAGCCCCUGAGCUGCUGUUGUGUUGGUUUUGAUUAAAGAGUCGUAAGUUCAAUUAACGGGUGAACGUUCAACCAGUCAAGGUUGCAAAAUGUUUCGCUACCUGAGUGAUAUGGAUGACAGCCCAUACAUGAUGGAUCCAUUCGCCGCACACAGGCACCAGAUGAGGAGUAUCUUCGGGUCAUUUGGCAUGGAACCGUUUCCUCUCACCCCUCAGAUACAGCAUCCGCGUGCACGCAUGCAGCCACAGGCUGGAGCCCUCUCCCCCUUUGGCAUGAUGGGAAUGGGUGGAGGGUUCAUGGACAUGUUCAGCAUGAUGGGUGGAAUGAUGGAGAACGUGGAACGGAUGUCUGGUUCUCCAAACUGCCAGACCUUCUCUUCCUCCACAGUUAUCUCAUACUCCUCCACAGACCCAGGAACACCGAAAGUCUAUCAGCAGACCAGUGAACUGCGCACUGCUCCCGGGGGUAUCAGAGAGACACGUCAAACAAUGCGGGAUAGUGAGAGUGGCCUGGAGCGAAUGGCUAUUGGGCAUCACAUCGGUGAGAGAGGUCAUGUGAUGGAACGUUCAAGGAACCGACUCACGGGUGACCGUGAAGAGAGACAGGACUACUUCAACCUGGAGGAGUGUGAGGCAGAUGCAUUUAAUGAAGAGUGGAGAAGGGAGGUGGGGCGGUACCGCCCCCCUAAUGUUCGUAGUUUAGAUUAUGGGCGUGACCGGAGUGGAGGGGUGGGUCAGCAACUGGCCCUUACAGCUCCUCCAAGCUCCUCCGCCUCUCCCUCGCCUCGCCACGAGUCACCACGUCAUCAUCCUCCCCACUCACGCCCGCGCUAUGACUGGUGAGAGGGAGAGUGUAGAAGUUGGAGAGGAGUAAUCUACAUGAUGCUGUGAAAAGAGAGAAGGAAGUGAUUUAAAAAAAUAAAAGAUAAUUGGAACUGAUGGGUCAAAUGUUUGAUAGAUAUGAACUGUCUCUAUGUGUAGUCCACUCCUUACAGGGCAGUGUGCUAGCAUGAAGUAACAUAACACAGGCUGAAAUUAUUAGAUUGCAUCUCUGUUGUGUGGAAUUUCGCCUGGCCUGUGUACUUCAUAACAAGUUACUACUCCCAAAGCAUACACACCAGCAUUCAUCAUAACUCAAACAGCUCUUCUACCUUGUGAUAAUACACACACACACACUUGCACGCACUCAAAUCUUUGUAUUUAAGAGAAUUCUCAUGCUUCCAAUAUUUCAAUAUCCAAAUAUUUAAUAAUACACUACACACACACACACACACACACACACA